GGAGGCCUCCCGAUGAGUUAAAAUGGUGCUGAGGCUCGAGGGGAGCUGGUCGCUGCUGGUGGGGAAGAAGUUCCUGAGUCUGUCGGAGGAAGAGGACAAGCCGUGGGACACCAAUCGCGUCUUGGAAUGGCCCUGGAAGUCGGGCAAGAUCCGAGCGGUUUCACACACGGACAUAUCCAAACAAGACCUAAAGAUUUGUGUAGAAUUUGAUGAUGAGUCAUGGGAAAAAAGAAGAUGGAUAGAAGUCUACAACCAUAAAAUGAAAGCAUUCCUGGUGGAGCAAAAGCUGGUACUGGCUGAAAGAAAAUUUCAUGGCAACACUGUAUCUCCUGUCCAGUGGCCUGCAAUGACUUACAAAUCCUUAGUGGACAAAGCUGGUUUGGGAUCAUUGGUUUCGAUACGCUAUCUUGGUGAAGAGAGAUGUAUUUUUCUUUCUAAAGACCUUUUGACACCCAUUCAGGAUGUGGACAAUUCCAGACUUCCUCUAAAGGAUGAUCAAAAUGUUAAUGAAGAAAUUCAGGCUUUGGUUAAGAAACAUCUGGAUGAAACACGCUUGGUACAAGGUGGGAAAAGUAUAAUCGGGUCAAAAAUUAGAAUUUAUAGCUUGGAUCCAUCUACUCAGUGGUUCACAGCAGUUGUUGUCAAUGCUAAUCCAGCUACAAGAACUCUAGAAGUCAACUGUCAGGAGAUUCCAGCUUUAAAAACUCUUGAUCCAGAGUUAAUUCAUGUUGAGAUCAUAUAUGACAACAAUGGAAAAUGUGAUAAAUCUAAAAGAAUUGGAGGCGUGAAAAGGAAGUUGUCAGAGAAUAAUGGAAGUGUUGAUGCUAAGCACACAAAAUCUUCUCCUGAGGUUUCUCCCAGUCAGGGACAUGUGCAGUCAGUGCCAACAGUGCUGGGUGAAGCACUGCUAGGAUGUACUCCUGCUAAUAAAGACCAAAGGCAUCAAGGCCUGCCCCUGCCAUCUAACUCACCACCUGAUCUUGGUGCAGAAACUCCUCAGGGCACAUGUAGGCGGAGCUUACCGGAAACUCAUCCUUCUUGUCUUAAUACUGGAAUUAAACCAUUGAAGGAAGAUCUGACGGCCUUUCCUAAAGUGGGGUUUAUAUCUAAAGAACAAACGCAAAAUCUUAAUGAUCAAAAUGGUAGAUAUUCCUCUUUGACAACCUCAAGAUCAUCUUCUUUGACUGAUUCAGCUGAUGAAAAAGGAACCAACCUGAAAAAUACAAACGAACCUCUUAAGAAGCCCACAACAAACUUUCCAAAAGAGUGCUUUUCUGUGAAACAGUUGCAACAUCUUGACUCUUCCAUAGCAAUACCCAGAGUUAGUAACACUCUUGAACUGCAGCGGACUUUAGAUUGCAGACCCUCAACCUCAGAUGCUCAUCUUCUCUCUUUUACCGAGUCUGGAGUUAAAUCACGAAACAACUGCAAUAGCCGGAACAGCCACAAAGGAAACAAGAUUGAUGAACUCACAGACAUGGAAUGUUUUAUUAGACGAAAUUCAAAUGAGAUUUUUUAUGACAGAAAUGAAAAUGAAAGCUUUUGGACUGGAAGUGCCAAGUUCCAGGAUAAUAUAAUUGUUCGCAAGUCGAUUUUAGCAGAUGCUGCUAAAGUGAAGAAGCUGCAGCAAAGUGGAGAAGCUUUUGUACAGGAUGGUUCCUGCAAUAAUAUCGCACCUCACCUGCAUAAAUGCAGGGAAUGCCGUUUGGACAGUUAUCGGAAGAACAAAGAGCAAAGGGACUCCACUGUCUUUUGUCGAUUCUUUCACUUUAGAAGGUUACAGUUUAAUAAGCAUGGAAUACUGCGAGAAGAAGGCUUUUUAACUCCAAAUAAAUACGACCCUGAGGCUAUUAGCUUAUGGCUGCCUUUAUCAAAAAACGUUGUGGGUCUAGAUCUCGACACAGCAAAGUAUAUCCUAGCCAACAUUGGAGAUCACUUUUGUCAGCUAGUGAUAUCUGAAAAGGAAGUUAUGUCUACGAUCGAGCCACACAGACAGGUCGCCUGGAAGCGUGCGGUUCGUGGCGUUCGAGAAAUGUGUGAUGUCUGCGACACCACCAUCUUCAACCUCCACUGGGUCUGCUCUAAGUGCGGCUUUGGCGUGUGUGUGGAUUGUUACAGGAUGAAGAAAAAGAGCUUACAUAAAGAUGAUGACUCAGAUACUUUCUCCUGGUUUAAAUGUGUGAAGGGGCAGGCACAUGAACCUGAGAAUCUAAUGCCUACACAAAUAAUCCCUGGAAAAGCUCUCUAUGAUGUUGGUGAUAUUGUUCACUCCGUAAGGACAAAAUGGGGAAUAAAGGCAAAUUGUCCCUGUGCAAAUAAGCAGUUCAAGGCACUAUCAAAGCCAACUCUAAAGGAGGAUUCAAAACAGAACUUGGUACCUGGCGAGAGGACCGGCCUUCAACAGAACAGUUUUGUCCUGAGCCCACAAGUCACUACACACGAUCCUCCUCUAAAAUCAGCGAUUGGAAGUAAACAAACUGCCUCAGUAAACACUUCUCCUUCACUAAGCUGGUUAUCAAACCUAACAAGUGGAAAUGUGAAUAAAGAAAACAAAG